UACUUUCUCUCAUGGACGUGCCAUCAUUAGCUUUUCACCUUUGCUUCCCUCGACUUUCACUCGGUAUGGGGAUUAUGAUUAUCUCCUUCGAAGGCCAAAUUCUGACGUUAAAUGUGGUGUACUACAUCGUUAACGUUAAUCAUUCCAUGCACGACGUACUUCGAGGUUCAAUGUCGUGGCUGCUUCAACUAUAGAAUCUAGAUCAACCUGAGAUUCCUCGUCUCUCCAGGUUGUGGGAAGGCUGGCUCGAGUCCUUCGAAAGAGACAUUAAUUGGGUUCGUGGGGUUUACAGUGCGUUGUUUGUCCAUACUUCGAGUGACGAUGAUACUUUAUUGGGCCAGAAGACUCGCCACCUCUCUGUCCCACUGGGGCUCGCGAUUGAACCAAGGUCACGUGAAUCCAGUUUAAGCAAGAUUAAAUACUCUAUCAUCGUGAUUGUUGGACGAAUCAGUCAAGAAUUGAAGCGGAUUCAAAGAUCAGUCGAGGAAGAGAUCCGACAAAGUCCAAUCCGUCGUUCCCUAACAUCGGUGAUUUGGAGUGGAUUACCCCGAGUCUUAAACCAGUCCAAUCUUUCGAUUAUUAGUAUGUCAUCCCGAGUAUUUCGAUGCUACCCCAAUCCACGUCAAUUCCCGGUUGUGAAGCUAGAAAUGCGUUCGUUCAGCGCGGGUUUUGAUAUUAAAACCGUAACAACCGAUAGAUACGAGCCAAUCGACUCAAGCGUCGCUUUUGUUGAACGGUUCUUGGUUGGUUCCCAGAAUGAGCUAAUAAACACCGAUUUCGACAUAAAUUUGGCGGAUCGUCUUGUACCUGUUGUUCAUAAACCCAUACCAAUUUGCUGUUUGGUUGAUGUUUGUGGGCAUAAAGAUUACACACAGGUUUCUCGGUAUCCGAAGUCAACCCGCACCCAUUCGGUCAACGCGGUGUGACGUUCUGGUCUUGAUGCGCGGAGAUCAAUAACAAGGGCGCCCUUAGUACUAAUUUCCUUCGGGUAUAGGCAGUUGAGACAACUGUAUAAGUAGGGCGUCCCUGCUCAAAUGUCAGUGAGACCCAGAUGAACACCUUGAUCACUCUUGAUGAACAAAAGGACUAUCUUGUCUCCUCCGCUGUCGAUAUUGCGAUUCCGGUUUUUCUCUAUGGCGUGUACAGUGUCCUGUAUGGCACAUGUAUCAUAAUCCUCAGAAGGAACGGAACUCCCAAUGGUUUUCGAUAUGUCAUUGCAAUGACGCUUCUGUUCAUUCUUGCCACCGCUUCGGUCUUCGUCAACUCUGUACUAGUUGUUCUCGAUGCCUUCUACAUGUAUGAGUUCAUCGGGACAGGAAAGACUCCUCCACUUCCUAUUUUCGAACUCACACGUGGCUCCCUUUCGCUCUACAUAACUUCCAACGUCGUGGCGGAUGUUAUUUUAGUAUCACGUUGUUAUCUUAUCUGGAACCAAAGUCUCUUGGUGGUAAUAUUCCCAACGUUGCUUUGUCUAGCAAGUAACGCGGUUGGUAUGGUAUACAUAUGGUCCCAUAUGACUGAUUUUACUGCAAUCUUUUUGGGAGAUAAUAGUUCAUUAAUCAAGUUCGCCUUACCAUUCAUUCUUCUCGACCUUUGCAGUAACCUCUUACUCACUCUCUUAAUUGCCGGUAAAAUCUUCCUCGUGGUCCGAGAAACCAGGAAUAUCACGGGCAUCCAUGGACCGAACACGUAUAGUUCUCUCAUCGCUAUCAUGUACGUCACCAAUGUCAAGGGCGGGUUAUGGAUUUUGAACCCAUCCGUUCGCAGCGUUGAGUCCGGAGUCUUGUACCCCGUCGCUCUUAUCAUCCUCCUCUUUUUUCAUCGGAACUCCGUCAUUUUCUCGUUGGUCCAGAUAGUCGGAAUCGCCCCUACCCUUAUCAUAGUACGAGUCGGACUAGGGACUGCGCUCCCCGACGUGAAAGGCUGCAUCGAAACCGUGCAUGUCGCAUCGAGGGUCCGGAAAGUGCUUGAUGCUACCUCGAGUGGCGAUGAGAUCAUGGUCGAGAUUUGUCGAACGAAAGAAGCAAAUGAUACUCCCUGUUAG